AUGACUGCUAUGGCCAGUAGCCCCAAAAGGGGUCAUAACUGGCCUCCAAUGGCAAUGGCAUUGGCCAUUGUUUUGAUUUCCACUACUGUAGUUUCUGCUGCUGCAGAUAGUUAUAUUUACUCUUCACCUCCACCACCUUAUGAGUACAAGUCACCUCCACCACCCUCACCUUCACCACCACCACCAUAUGUGUACAAGUCACCCCCUCCUCCACCAUAUGAACACAAGGCUCCAUCUUAUGUGUACAAAUCACCACCGCCUCCAUCUCCUUCACCACCACCUCCUUAUGUAUACAAGUCACCACCUCCACCAUCCCCAUCACCACCACCUCCUUAUGUAUACAAGUCACCACCUCCACCAUCCCCAUCACCACCACCUCCUUAUGUAUACAAGUCACCACCUCCACCAUCCCCAUCACCACCUCCUCCAUACAUUUACAAGUCACCACCACCACCACCAUAUGAGCACAAGGCUCCAUCAUAUGUGUACAAGUCACCACCUCCUCCAUCUCCAUCACCACCACCUCCUUAUGUGUACAAGUCACCACCUCCACCACCGUAUGAACACAAGGCUCCCCCAUAUUUGUACAAGUCACCACCUCCUCCGUCUCCAUCACCCCCACCACCAUACUAUUACAAGAGUCCUCCACCACCCUCUCCCUCGCCUCCACCUCCUUACUACUACAAAUCUCCUCCACCACCCUCACCUUCACCUCCACCUCCUUACUACUACAAAUCUCCUCCACCACCCUCACCUUCACCUCCCCCACCAUACUAUUACAAGUCUCCACCACCACCUUCUCCCUCACCACCACCUCCAUAUUACUACAAAUCUCCCCCACCACCCUCACCCUCCCCUCCCCCGCCGUACUACUACAAGUCUCCUCCACCACCAUAUAUACACAAGGAUCCACCAUACUAUUACAAGUCCCCGCCACCACCUUCACCAUCUCCUCCUCCACCCUACUACUACAAAUCUCCCCCACCACCUUCACCAUCUCCUCCUCCACCCUACUACUACAAAUCUCCCCCACCACCUUCACCAUCUCCACCACCACCGUACUACUACAAAUCUCCUCCCCCUCCAUCUCCUAUUCCCCAUACCCCAUACUACUACAAGUCUCCCCCACCACCCAAGGUCCUUCCACCACCAUACUAUUAUAACUCUCCUCCUCCACCUGUUGUGUAUCCUCACCCACAUCCCUACCACCACUCAUUGAUUGUGAAGGUAAUCGGUAAAGUCUACAGCUUCAGGUGUUAUGACUGGGAGUAUCCUGAAAAAUCUCAUGACAAGAAACAUCUCAAAGGUGCUGUUGUUGAGGUGACAUGCAAAGCUGGGAGCAAAAUCAUUAAGGCUUAUGGUAAAACUAAGAUCAAUGGAAAGUACAGCAUUACAGUUGAGGACUUUGACUAUGUCAAAUAUGGUGCCACAGUGUGCAAGGCCGCCCUUUAUGCUCCACCUAAAGGCUCCCCCUUUAACAUACCUACUAAGCUAAACGAAGGAACUAAAUUGUACUUGUAUUCCAAAGACAAGUAUGAGGUUGUGCUUAAGGCUAAGCCAUUUGCUUAUGCUUCAAAGAAACAUUUUAAAGAAUGUGAGAAGCCCAAGCCUUCACCAACUCCAUACUACUACAAAUCACCUCCACCUCCCACACCAGUUUAUAAGUACAAAUCGCCACCUCCACCGGUCCAUUAUUAUUCACCUCCAUAUUACUACAAGUCACCUCCUCCUCCUGUGAAAUCGCCACCAACUCCUUACUACUACAAAUCACCUCCACCUCCCUCACCGGUUUACAAGUACAACUCACCACCUCCACCGAUUUACAAGUACAAGUCGCCUCCUCCCCCGGUCCAUUAUCCCUCACCAGUUUACAAGUACAACUCACCACCUCCCCCAGUCCAUUAUUACUCUCCUCCAUAUUCCUACAAAUCACCUCCACCUCCCUCUCCGGUUUACAAAUACAACUCACCACCUCCACCGGUCCAUCAUGAUUCUCCCCCAUACUACUACAAGUCACCUCCACCCCCCUCACCAGUUUACAAGUACAACUCUCCACCUCCACCAGUUUACAAGUAUAAGUCGCCUCCUCCCCCGGUCCACUAUCCAUCACCGGUUUACAAGUACAACUCACCACCUCCACCGGUUUAUAAGUACAACUCACCACCUCCUCCAGUCCAUUAUUAUUCUCCUCCAUAUUACUACAAGUCACCUCCACCUCCUUCUCCGAUUUACAAAUACAACUCACCACCUCCACCAGUCCAUCAUGAUUCUCCCCCAUAUUACUACAAGUCACCUCCACCCCCCUCACCGGUUUACAAGUACAACUCACCACCUCCACCGGUUUAUAAGUACAACUCACCACCUCCACCGGUUCAUUAUUAUUCUCCUCCAUAUUACUACAAGUCACCUCCACCUCCAUCUCCGGUUUACAAAUACAACUCACCACCUCCACCGGUCCAUCAUGAUUCUCCCCCAUAUUACUACAAGUCACCUCCACCCCCCUCACCGGUUUACAAGUACAACUCACCACCUCCACCAGUAUACAAGUACAAGUCACCUCCACCCCCCUCACCGGUUUACAAGUAUAACUCACCACCUCCACCAGUAUACAAGUACAAGUCACCUCCUCCCCCAGUCCAUUAUCCCUCACCGGUUUAUAAGUACAACUCACCACCACCUCCAUAUUAUUACAAGUCCCCACCUCCACCAUCCCCAUCCCCUCCUCCACCAUACUAUUAUAAGUCCCCACCACCACCCUCGCCAUCUCCACCGCCACCUUACUAUUAUAAGUCACCUCCUCCACCUAAGGAGAUUUCAAACCCACCAUACUACUAUAAGUCACCACCCCCACCAUCACCUUCCCCUCCUCCACCAUAUUAUUAUAAGUCCCCACCUCCACCAUCAUCAUCUCCACCCCCUCCAUACUAUUACAAAUCUCCUCCACCACCAUCACCAUCACCACCACCUCCCUACUAUUACAAAUCACCUCCACCACCAUCACCAUCUCCUCCCCCUCCAUACUAUUACAAAUCUCCACCACCUCCAUCACCAUCUCCACCCCCUCCCUACUAUUACAAAUCACCUCCACCACCCUCACCAUCGCCGCCACCUCCUUACUAUUACAAAUCUCCCCCACCUCCAUCUCCAUCACCACCACCUCCUUAUCACUAUCAAAGUCCUCCUCCACCAUCUCCCAUUUCUCAUCCUCCCUACUACUACAAAUCCCCUCCACCACCAUCGUCGUCUCCUCCACCUCCUUACCAAUAUGUGAGUCCUCCCCCACCGGUAAAGUCACCUCCACCACCAGCUUAUAUUUAUGCUUCACCACCACCACCCAUCUACAACUAAGCUCAAACUGCAGAAGCACCAUUCAUGAUAAAUCAUGUUCCAGUUUUCAUCUAGGAAUAAAGUCAAUCUCCAUUUGGAGCAAAGUGAAACUUCUAGCUUCAUGUCUAAAUUCGUUAAAUAAAUGUCUGGAUAUAUCAUCUUUGAGUUAUAAUAUUUAUGAUCCAGACAAUAUUUAUUUUAUUUCUUUGGUGCCAAUCUUGCACUUCCUUGUCUUAUUCUAUUCAAGGGAUAGACAAAUCUAAAGGGAGAAGCGAGAUUAGUUUAUUUGUGGUCUCUUUGAUUUAUUUGUGUAUAGAUCAAUAUGGAUGUGUAUUAUAGUUUUUUAUUUAUUGAAGAAUUUUUUAUUGUAACCAGCUAUUGUGUUUGCCAAAAGUUGUUAUCAAAUAAGAAUCACAUUCAACUUCUGUCAA